CGCUGGCCAAUGACGACAACGACCCUUGUGAAGAAGGCCCUUAGCGUCCCGUCGUCGCGCUGCGCGUGCUGCAACCGGGACUUUGCGUUUUACCGAAAGCGCCAUCACUGCCACGAGUGCGGCGCCGACGUCUGCAAAGCGUGCACAACAAGCGCCCACAACUGCCCACUCAAAGUCUGCUUGACGUGCCUCGUGGAGCCCACCGACUCGCAACGCGGACGUGAAGCGUCCAAACGCAGCCAGCGCAGCACCUCGAGCGCGUCCAGCGUUAUCUCGUCCUCGCGCGAUUAUGGCUACGUGCUCGACUACAACUGGAUUUACCCGUGGCCCAAGCCGCCCAUGCUCGACAACGAUGCCGAACGCACCAAGAUUGUGGCCGCCCUCGGCGUCCUUGACGCACCACGCACGGAUUUCUUCGAGUCGAUCUGCCACUUGGCCAUCACGACGAUGGAGACGGCGGUUGCAAUCGUAAGCGUCCUCGACAAGGACCGCGAGUGGAUCGUCGACAGCAUCGGGUUCGAGCCGCGCCAAGUCCCGCGCGACGCGUCCUUUUGCGCCCAUACUGCCCGGAGCACCGAGCCGCUGGUCGUUCUCGACACACACUAUGACGACCGGUUCCGGGAAAACCCGCUCGUGACCGGGUCGCUGCGCGUCCGCUUCUAUGCCGGGUGGCCCAUCGUGUCGCCCUCCGGCUGCAUCAUUGGGGCCGUCUCCGUCAUGUCGGAUCGGCCGCGUUCGUACUGCGACGUGGCCAAGCUCCAGCUGCCAGCUCGGCUCGCAACCGCGCUCUUCUUCAAGCCGCCGGGGCGCGCGCCCGACACCGUCUACCACAUUUCGCACGAGUUCGAACUCGAUUGAGUGCCGUCGCCGUAUUGUAUCCAUAUAGUAAUAGCAGCUGUAGUCUUUGUAACG